GCGCGUCCGGGCGGAUCCGGCGGAAGCGCCGCGAAGGUUCCGGGGCCGCGAUGGCUCCGGACCCCUGGCUACCGCUGCUCGCCGCCGCUCGCCAGCUCGCCCAGGACAUCGCCGAGAAGCUGCAGGAGCGGAGCCGCUGCCAGCGGAGCGGGGAGAGCUCGGCCAAGGUCAACGUGGCCAUCAGGUCCUCACUGCAGAGCCUCAGGGAGAAGAUUGAGCAGCUGAGGGAGCAGCUGCUGCGGGCGGUGUCCACACGGCAGAUCACCCAGCUGGAGGGGGACAGGAGGCAGAACUUGGUGGACGAGCUCCUGACCCGGCACAGGCAGCUGGAGGCAUCCUACAGGAAUGAAGGCCCCGAGCCAGACAUGAGCAGGUCCAGCCUCAUGGCAGGAGGGGCCAGACGAGGCACCCCCAACCCCUGGCUCUUGGAAGAAUCGGAGGAGACCAGAGGACUUGGCUUUGAUGAGCUCAGGCAGCAGCAGAGAAGGAUCAUUGAAGAACAAGAUGCUGGACUCGAUGCUCUUUCUUCAAUCAUAUCCAGGCAGAAACAAAUGGGGCAGGAAAUUGGGAAUGAGCUGGACGAGCAGAACGAGAUCAUCGAUGACCUGACGAGCCUGGUGGAGAGCACAGACGGGCGGCUGCGCAGCCAGACACGGCACGUGCAGGCAGUGGAGAGGAAAUCCACGUCCUGUGGGAUGCUGGUGGUGAUCGUGCUGCUGCUCAUCGCCAUCGCUGUGGUCGCGCUCUGGCCCACAGGGUAACCCCGAGCUGCCGGGGCAGCUGCUCCAGGGGAGCCCCAGGGCAGGGACCUGCUGAGGGCAGGAAUGAGCUCCAUCCAUCGUUGGGAACGAACUGCACAGCUGGGAAUGAGCCCACUGCAGCAGGGGACAAACUGCACGGCUGGAAAUGAACCCACUGCAGGAGGGGACAAACUGCACAGCUGGGAAUGAGCCCACUGCAGGAGGGGACAAACUGCACAGCUGGGAAUGAGCCCACUGCAGGAGGGGACAAACUGCACAGCUGGGAAUGAACCCACUGCAGGAGGGGACAAACUGCACAGCUGGGAAUGAACCCACUGCAGGAGGGGACAAACUGCACAGCUGGGAAUGAACCCACUGCAGGAGGGGACAAACUGCACAGCUGGGAAUGAACCCACUGCAGCCUGGACAAACUGCACAGCUGGGAAUGAACCCCACUGCAGGAGGGGACAAACUGCACAGCUGGGAAUGAACCCACUGCAGGAGGGGACAAACUGCACAGCUGGGAAUGAACCCCACUGCAGC